UCGUCAAGAUGCUGAAGCUCGCAAUUGUUCUUGCUGCGACCGCUUUUGUUGCCUCGGCAAAGUCCGCCAGUAUCGAAACGUCGGAACAAUUAUGCAACACAAUGAUGAAUACCGCAGCAGAAGUAAUCGCAAAUCAGCUCGACACCGUGAGCAAAUUGUACUCAGUGGUAAAUUCGUUGAACGGCACAAAUAACUCUGAGAAAAUUGAACAGUUCAAACAAAAAAUGGCGACUCGCUUCGAAUGGAUUCAACGGUUGGCAAAGAACGAAGUAGACAGUUACCCGAAGGGCCGUUAUAAUAAACGGCGGUGCAUGAGAUACUUGAAAGAUUUUGAAACAAAAGAGCGAGAUGUGAAGAGCAACGGGGAUGCCAUUGUCAACCGUGCACUGAGCGGGGAGGUCGAAAAACUUGAGAAAAUAAUGAAAUCAAUCAAUUCGGCUGUGGAAAAAGUGCUCGUUCUUAAAUUUUCAAACAACACGUGUUCGGGAAGCAAUUGGGAAAAUAUUUUGGAGGACAUCCAUAGUGAUGUCUGUAAGCAGACGGCGAAUCUCCCGGACGAAAAUAUUACCCCAUCCGAUCUAUUGGAUUCAAUCUUAUUGGUUGAGUACCAUCGUUUCUAUCAUCGCGGAACAAGCGUUGUCAGCAGAACUCAUAAGUGUGUGUACCAUUCCUAAUAAUGAGUGUUACGAGAGAGACUCAAAUAAAUUGACCAAUAAAGAUGAAAUCACACAAGGGAAACUAGAUCGCAAAGCUAACCGAAAUCUAGGCAGUUGAAACAGUGAUGAUUAUCGAUUGAAUUUUUCGAUUGAAUAAUUCGAAAUCUGUUACGCUUCCAUAAAAA